GUACCUGCUGUUAGAUCCUGUCUACACUGUGAGGUUUCUCUGUGUGAUAAACACUUGAGAGUCCACAAAAAGUCCCCAGAACACAUCUUAACUGACCCCACCUCAUCCCUGGAGAAAAAGAAAUGCUCCGUCCAUAAGAAGAUCCUGGAGUAUUACUGCACUGAGGACUCCACUUGUAUCUGUGUGUCCUGCAGUUUGGCUGGAGAACAUCGAGGACACCAGGUGGAGAUAUUGGAUCAGGCUUUUGAGAAGAAGAAGGAGACACUGAGGAAUGUUCUGCAGAAACUUCUGACAAAGAGAGAGGAGACGGAGGAAAGAGUCCAGAGUCUGCAGGAACACAGGAGGAAAGUAGAACAAAAAGCAACAGGUGACACCGAGAAAGUCACUGCCCUGUUUAAGGUUCUCAGGAGACGUCUGGAGGACCUGGAGGAGAAAUUCCUGGAUGAGAUUUCCAAGUGGGCACAGGGGGUCUCCAUCUGCAUGUCCGCUAUGAUCCGGGAUCUGGAAAUAAAGAAGGAGGAUCUGUCCAAGAAGAUGCGUGACAUUGAGGAGCUGUGUAACAUGAUGGAUCCACUGACUGUCCUACAGGAAUCAGACACAGGUGACUUGUGUGAUACUGAGGAUGGAGAUGAUGAGGACAGAGAGAGACAUGAGAAACUCCUCCAUGAUGCAGGAGGUCUGAAUAUGGCUGGGAUAUCACACACAUUACGCACAUUGUCUGAUAUAAUAUUACGGGUAAAUGUACAUAUCUAUGAACGGGAAGCUGAGGACAUAUUACUGGAUGUAAACACAGCUCAUAAUUAUCUCCAUGUAUCAGGUGACAGGAAAAUAGCCUCCUGGUCAGAUAGAUACCAGAAUCGUCCCAAAAUACCAGAGAGGUUUCAAGGUUAUCUUCAGGCGUUGAGCAGUCAGAGUUUCUCCUCAGGGAGACAUUACUGGGAUGUGGAUGUUGGGGGAUCAGAUAAAUGGAUAGUUGGGAUGAGUUACCCCAGUAUAGACAGGAAAGGACUGCAGUCACUGAUUGGAUGGAAUAACAAGUCCUGGGGUUUGGUCAAAAAAGAUAAAAAGUAUUUGGUGAUACAUGACGGUAAAGGGAUCCACUUACCUAUUAAUAUCAUCAGUAACAGAAUCAGGAUAUAUCUGGAUUAUGAUGCCGGGCGGAUUGUUUUUUAUGAUCUGUGUGACCCAAUCCGAUACAUCCGCACCUUCACCACCACCUUCACUGAGCCCCUCCAUGCCGGGGUAUGGGUAUGGGAUGGGGGUAAAAUGAAGAUAUGUGGGGGGAAUCAGAAGAUGUGA